AUGGCCACAGAUGCGCCAUCAAAAGAUGGGGAUAAUAUCACGGCAGAAGAAGCGGUCGAGAACGGUCUGAUGAUUCCAGUCACCGGCACCGGCACCGGCACGGGCAAGAAACCUCGCGUCGGCGCCAGGGGUCAACGCAAGGUCAAGAGCGGGUGUCGGACAUGCAAAAUCCGACACAAGAAAUGCAACGAAGCCAGACCGGCGUGUCUCCAAUGCACCAGCACGGGCCGGAAAUGCGAUUUUCUCUUGCCUGCCACACCGCCACCCUCCUCUUCCUCUUCUACUUCUUCGUCGUUGCAAAUUGCUGCUGCUCCCAGAUCCGAAUCGUGGGCGGAGGCGGCGGCGGGGAGGGUCCACCAGAGUAUUACCACUGUUUCGGUAUCGUGGCAAUGGCAGAUUCAACCCCCGUCUACUCUCCCCAGCCACAUGCGCGACAUGGGAGAUUGCGAGGCGACCAACUUUGAGUAUUUCCGGAGCGUGUGCGCGCGGGACUUUGCGCUCUAUUUCGAGAGUCCGCUGUGGGAGGCGCUCGUGCUGCGGUACGCCCUGGCCGAGGAAAGUAUAUUCCACGCAGCAUUGGCGAUCAGCUCGAUGAGUAGAAAUAGCUAUUGCCCGACGGCGUCGUCGUCGUCGUCGUGGUACGAUCCAGGACAUACCUCCUCAUCCGCCGCCGCCAGUGAGUACUGCCUGGCACAGUACACGCUGGCGAUCCGGCGCCUCAACGCUCGUCUACACCUUCACCCGCGGUGUGUCGCGAGCAUCGAACUCGCCGCCUUCGCCAGCAUCCUCUUCAUCUACAUCGAGGGGAUGCAGGGGUUCACCAAGUCGAUGCACGUCCAUCUUCGUGGGGGACUGGCUCUGGUGCGGAGCCUCGACCACCAGCAGCGCCUCUCCCCUACCUGCGACGUGGGAUAUCUCGAGUGGGCGCUGUGGCAGGUUCGGGAGCAGGUGGAGGAGAUUGAGGCGGUCGGGAGGAAUUCGUGA